AUGCCUACGUUCACAACAAUAGCUUUACAUAGCUUAAUAGAACCAAAAGCUUCAAAACCCAUGGCAGCCGGGAAAAAUGGAAGUGAUUCAAAACAAGGGAACCAAGUCAAUGACACUGAUAAACAACCAGAUUCAAACAACAGCACAGAAACUAAAGAAAGAAAGCAUCACUGGACACAGAUUUCACCUGCUCUGUAUGCUACCCCUGACCCAACUCCACUCCCUUUAGUUCCAGAUUCCCCAUCAUCUUUCACUCCAUCACCAUAUAUAGUUAACCACAAGGGACGUGGGCCCCGUCUUCUCAAAACAUUCUCUGACAAAGAUACCGCUCUACUUGAUGAAAAGAGGAGUGAGACCAUUGAUGAGAAGAUCAAUGGCACAGAUGAUAUUGAUAUCAGUAAUAAUCCAGCAGUUGAACAGGAUAAUUCAAUUUCAAACCCUAACUUGGAACAAGGAAACGAGACAGAUGAUUUCUUCGACCCUCAAGAUUCAUUGAGUGUUAGAAGCAGCACAGAUGGAGUCAACACUUCAGCUUCUGAAUUUUAUGAUGCUUGGGAAGAAUUGUCAUCUGAGAUUGGAUCACAGUCUUCUCGAAGCGACUUUGAGACCGAGUUACGUGAAAUGAAACUGAGUUUGCUAGCGGAAAUGGAGAAAAGGAAACAAGCAGAAGAAAAAAUACAUGACAUGAAAAACCAAUGGGGGAGAAUACGCGAACAAUUAUCUCUAGUUGGAUUGAAUCUCACCCAUUUGGAAGAAGACCAAUCAGCAGAUGAUUUAUCCAAUCAGGUUCAUGUAAUCCGGUUUGUUUCCGAUUCCAUCGGUAGGGGAAUCGGUAAAGCCGAAGUUGAAGCUGAAAUGGAAUUACUUUUAGAUUCCAAGAACUUUGAGAUUGCUAGGUUGUUGGACAGAUUAAAGUACUAUGAAGCUGUCAAUCGUGAAAUGUCUCAAAGGAAUCAAGAAACUAUGGAAGCAAUGAGGUGUGUUAGGCAAAGAAGGAAGAGAAGACAAAGGUGGAUUUGGGGUUCGAUUGUUGCUGUGGUUACAGUUGGAAGUGCUGCUUUGGUGUGGUCUAAUGUUCCGAUUGAAAAAGGUUCGAUUUCUACAGACUCUGAUUCUUCUCAUAAGUGAUGAGAAUAGUGUAUAGGCUAUACUCUAUAGAAGCUUUGAAAUUUGAAGAAAUCAUCGAUGUGAAUAACGAUGUGAAUACAUAUAGUUUUGUUUUAGAAUAAGUAUAGGGUUUACGGUUUACUGUUUAUGGUUUACAUGAGUUUGUGCCCUUGGGCUUCUACAUAUCUUAUGCUCUAUAUAAACAUGCAAUACUUGAUUCAGUUAUGUGAAGUUUUUUAGUUUAAUCAGUUUGACAAUCAGUUGUGGGUUGCGUAUCUCAAAAUAAUUAGACUUUCCUG